GCCGACACGGAGCAGUGAAGGCAUCUCCAACUGCUCUCAGUAGAGCCGGGCUCAUUGACAGGAAUUGUGCACAUUUACAUUGACUGAGGUAUUCAGUGGAUUAGCAGACCUUGAAUGCAACACGUUGAGCGGUAAAGGACGAAGAAUGGCAGGCCUGUGGAGAUCCUACCAGGUCCUGAUGACAAAAUACCCCUGGACAGUGCAGAUAGUGACUGCUGGGUCUUUAGUGGGUGUCGGUGAUGUCAUCUCCCAGCAGCUGAUUGAGAGGAGGGGAUUGGCUCAACACAACGUCCAACGGACGACUAAGAUGAUGAGCAUUGGUUUCUUUUUUGUGGGUCCAGUAGUCGGCAGCUGGUACAAAGUUUUGGACAGACUGGUGGUUGGAGGAACAAAAAGUGCUGCUAUGAAGAAAAUGCUGGUUGACCAGCUGUGUUUCGCUCCGUGCUUCUUGGGAGCUUUCCUCUGUAUCUCUGGUGCUCUGAAUGGACUGACGGUGGACGAGAACAUCGCCAAGCUCAAGAGGGACUACACAGAUGCACUGAUAUCUAAUUAUUAUCUUUGGCCUCCAGUCCAGAUUGCCAAUUUCUACUUCAUUCCACUGCAUCAUAGGCUGGCCGUCGUCCAGAUCGUUGCCGUUGCUUGGAACUCCUACCUGACCUGGAAGGCCAAUAAGAUGUGAAGGAUGAUCACAGGUCCGGCCUGUGCUGUUGUUGCUGAUGAUGAAGAUUUUCCACUCGUUUGUAGCGUUUGUGCUUGUGACAUGGACCUAACUUACUUGAGGCUGCUUAGUCUUGUGGUAUUUCCAAUGUGUAAAGCUGUGACUGAGUCACACGUAAAGGUCGGGAGAAAGUGCUUGUCUACUCUGAAUGACAAAUUCACACUUGAAAGUCAAACUUGCAUUUGCAGAAAUGUCUGUGAAAGUUUGUUAUUUAUGGAAAUGGGAUUUGGCAGACACACACACACGCACACAGGUUGCAAAUUAAACUUUUUAAUCUGUUUACUAUAUUGAAAUAAUAAUAAUUGUGUUAAGGAGGUUAGAGAUUAUCAUGUUCUGUCUCAUAAUGAAGGAAAAUUCCCUCAUUCACUAUUUUAAUCUGUUUAAUUUGUAAUAAUGUGAAUUUAAUUGACAUGUUUGGUUUAUUCACUUGUUCUUCCUAUGUCUCAUGUAUAUCAUUUGACAUUAACUGGUUCUCUACAUUUGGCAAUCCUUAGGAAAAGCUUGUUUUAGUGGUACAUCAUGUGAAAAUUGUCUUUGUCAUGAAAGACUCAGUUUUCACCCAAGUUAUACCAAGUUUUAUCUGUUCAAAGUUAUAAUUCAUUGUAAUUACUUUAGGCUUGUGUGGGUGAAAUACAUACUAAAACCUGAUGGUUAAAAAAAAAUCAUGUCUUGGGGGGAAAAGGUCUGAGAUGCUGAAGAAAAGACGAUAAAACCUGAUGAUAAAGGACUAGAUUUUAAAGACUCAACUGAUACAACUAAUUUCAUUCUCAUGUGUCUCAUGUUAUACUGUUAACCUGCUUCUUUCCAAGGGUAACAGUUACUGACACAUUUACUGCUUGUUUCUUCAGUUCAUACAAAGACCUCAGUGUAUUUGUUGACAGGAUGCAUUAUAUUCCAACAGAUUCCACUUCUUGCCUGUCAGUCUUAUAGUUGUGUUGUUUUUCCAUUUCAGUUUUUGUAUGGAUUAUACAAACCUCAUACAGGCCAGUGUUUACUCCUCUUUACAGUGUUUGUUCUCAGUCAAACUAAACGGCAUCAUACUUGGUGCACAGACAAUGAAGUGAGAAAGAGAAUAAACAUGUUCACCAAACUUC